UAGUUGUACAGCUAUAAAUCAUUUUAUUAAAUUGACGAUAUAAGUUUUAUUUUGAUUUUAUUUGAGUCUCACCAAUUAGACCUAUAAAUGACAACUGCAGUAGAUGUGUCGGUGUUAAAUAAUAAGUUUGUAAGUACACAUCAGAUCUUCAAUUAGACUAACAUGAAAAAAACCUGUUUUGGCAUCACCAGAAGUGUAGCCAUGGCAAGCACUACGUCAAAUAAAAGGGCCCUUGAUGAUAAGCAUUUACCAAAACCCAAGAUGAAGAAGGUCAUGGGGAGUGGUACAAACAGUCUUCCUCCAAAAAAACCAUCAAGCAUUAAAGUUUUUGUGAGAGUCCGUCCUUUCAAUAAUCAAGAAAACUCACAGAACAUGCGAAACAUAAUAAAAGUAAUUGAUGAUCGAAUAUUGAUUUUUGAUCCUAAAGAAGAAUCAGAAGGAUUUUUCUUUCACGGUGUGAAACAAAAAUCACGGGAUAUUGCAAAAAAGCAGAACAAGGACAUGGAAUUUGCUUUUGACCGAGUGUUUAGUGGGAUUUCUACCAAUGAAGAAGUUUAUCAAGAAACUACCAAAGGAAUUAUCACAACGUUGCUUGAUGGAUAUAAUUGCUCAGUGUUUGUGUAUGGAGCCACUGGAGCUGGCAAGACUCACACAAUGUUGGGCAGCAAACAAGGUCCUGGAAUCAUCUUCCUCACCAUGACCGAGCUGUACAGCCAAAUAGACCAGCUAAAAGAGACUAAGAACAUUGAAAUUGGCAUAUCCUACCUUGAGGUUUACAAUGAGAAUGUCCAUGACUUGAUCAACCCGAGAGGAUCACUACAGUUGAGAGAUGACUCUAGUGGUGGAGUGCUGGUGGCAGGUAUGAAGGUGGAGAAGAUAUUGUGUGCAGACCAGCUGUUCCAGCUGCUACAGAAGGGCAACUCCAACCGAACUCAACACCCUACUGACGCCAACGCUGAGUCUUCUCGAUCUCAUGCUGUCUUUCAGGUUUAUGUAAAGAGUUCAGCAAAAGACAAUGGAGAGCUGAAGAUUAGCAAGUUGUCUAUGAUUGACCUGGCCGGGUCAGAGAGAGGGUCGGCGACUGGAGGAGUCAAGGCAAGGUUCAAGGAGGGCUCCAACAUCAACAAGUCCCUUUUAGCACUUGGUAAUUGUAUAAACAACUUGGCAGAUGGCCUGCGUCACAUUCCCUACCGAGACUCCAAGCUUACUCGUCUGUUGAAAGAUUCUCUUGGUGGAAAUUGCUUCACAGUGAUGAUUGCCAACAUUGCUCCCACCACUGCUUCAUACGAAGACACCUACAACACACUCAAGUAUGCCACCAGAGCUAAGGCGAUUAAGACUGCGCUUUCAAAGAACGUUUCGGUGAAUUUGAGCAUCGAAUACUAUGCUCAAGCCAACAACAAUCUCCGAAGGGAAUUAGCUGAGGCUAAUGAGAAGAUGAGAUUGAUGGAGAAUGCCAUGAAACACCCAGUGACGUCUCCUCCCCGGGCCGACCCUAAAUUCUCGGCUAGACUUUCAGAACUGUACAGGGACAAGGAGCAGAUCUAUGCUGAGUACCUCUAUAUGGAAGGUCAAGUGAAGUUGCUGCAGUGGCGCAUGAGAUGCAAGAAUCGGGCGCUCAAUCAGAUCAGGAACUUUGGAACUAAUGAGGACUUGACAGUAACGGAGAACUCGCUGGCACAAUUAAAUGCAAGAUCGACCAGUUUGGUGGAGAAGAUGGCAGAGGUGUGGCAGCGACGAGAGCUACAUCAGGAAGAGUACAACAAAUUUGUUUCGGAGAUGGAUCUGGCCAAGGUCACUAAACUGCUGCAGCCCGAAGCUAGUCUCAAGGAGGCACAGUGUGAACUUGCUGGAGUCAAGAUCCAGCUGAACCACUGUCUGAAGAUCAUCAACAUGCAAGACAAGCGACUAGAGGAUCUGCAAGCGGCUGUGGACACCGUGUCGGCCAUUUGUAGCGAGUACCACCAGCUGCUCAACGGACUCAACAUGGUCACUGACAACAUGAACAACACAUACCAACAGGGCCUGGCCAAGAUCAAGGGGCUGAAGGCUGUCAAGUGGCUGGACUUUCUGGAGGACCAUGACGAGGAGGACAAAGGUGUGACACUUAGUUCUGUCAGUGUCCGUCCUUUCAUCAACCUCACUCUGGGAGUUCUUAACUCUUCUACGCCUCCGUUCAUGGUAGCAGAGUCUCGGCCGAAGCUUGUGCCUGAGUCUCACAAACCAGCGACUGAACCGCUCACAUUUGAAGAAUCAUCAAAUAUGAAUGGAACAUUCGUCCUAGAUCAUCCCAUUGAUGAACCAGAAAACCAAGAAAAGUCACGUAAGACAAGCUUCAUCCUUCCUAAAGUGCCUUCUCACACUAUGACGGCGAAAGUGCCUCUGCGGAAGUUUACUCCUGCUCGACCGAGGUUCGCCAACGCCAACAGAGAGAACAUGGUUUCCAAGCUGGCCAAGAAAACUCUCCCCUCCACCAACAGACUUCAGACAGCUCUACGUGAGAUUAAUAACCAGAUGAAAACUCCAGAGACUACUGUGUCUUUAAAUGGUUAUAAAAUAACCCGGGAAAAGCAAAGAAUCCAUCGCAACAAUGUCCACCAUUAUGUUACACCCAAAUUGAAACGUCUUGGAUCCACCCCAACUUCGACAACAAAAAUUUCCAAGGGUUUGAAAAUCUGAAGUGGAGAAAAAGAAUAAACUGUCUGUUGAAUAAUUACUUUUUGAAUUUAAUGUUAACAAUUAAUUGUAGUGUUUAGACUGAUAGUGUACCUCCUUAGGUCAAAAUGUAAAUUUAUUGUUAAUAUAUUUUAAUACUAUUGUGCCUGUAAAGUUAAUUUUGAUAAACUUGACAAUAAUAUUUGUAUAGCUUUUGUAUAUUAUUGACUCUUUUAUUUCUUUGAUAUUUUAUUCAUUUAGACCUAUUUUUAAAGUUUGUGAUAAAAUAUUUAAAAACUUCUGUAUGUAGCAAUGUUAUCUCUAAAUUAUGUGUGUAAUUAUUUAUGUUAUUUAAUGUUUUUGUAUCCAGGAAACGAACAAGCCUAAUUGCAUAUGCUUUUAUCGUUAAAAUGUAAUUGACGAUUUCAUUUUAUUUCAAAAUUAUUAGAUUAUUAGUUCAGAGUCUAUUGUGUGUAUAUGUAUUGUCAAUGCCUACCUACUAUCUACUUGUUUAUUUUAGAAGAUUGGUUAAUUUAUAAAAAUAAAGUCUAACAAUGAAU